AUGGAGGUAAAUGAGAAAAGCCAGGAACUUAACUUUGACCACUUUCAAAUAUUACGGGCUAUUGGGAAAGGGAGUUUUGGAAAGGUGUGCAUUGUACAGAAGAGAGAUACCAAGAAAAUGUACGCCAUGAAAUAUAUGAAUAAACAGAAAUGCAUUGAGAGAGAUGAAGUUCGAAAUGUUUUUCGGGAGCUACAGAUAAUGCAAGGCUUGGAGCAUCCCUUCCUGGUCAAUCUGUGGUAA